GCUGAAGUCAUAAGAGAGCGAGUUGGAGUGGGGGAAUGAGUAUUGCACGCAAAACUGAAAAGAGCUGAAACUGCGCAGAUUAUUUUUGCUAUAACUGUCGACCAACGAGAGGUGCGCGACAAUCAAGAGAACCAACACAUUCUCACCUCAUCGAAACGUGUUACUUUAUUACAGUUCGGUGCUGCUGCUGCUGCUGCUGCUGCCAGUGACGCGCGCGGCUCCCAGUUUUGGUCUACUCGGUUAGAUGAUGGGGAUGACGCGAUGACCUCCUACACGCAGGGCACAAUAAAGUAGCCCUCACACCUGGACGUGCAGCGAACUACGAGAGAGUAUCAGUGGAAGAUACAGGAAGAGGACAACUGAAACUGUAUCAAUAUGCCAGCCUCCAUUAUAUGAUCUACACUUUCUUUCUUUGAGUAUCUUCUUUUUCCCGCAGUGGAUGAUAAUCUAACGGUUUGAUUGUGGGAAUAUGCUCACUACGGAUACCUGAUUUGGUCUCGCUUUGUGGCACACAUGAGGAUUCUAUUAAGGAUGUUACUGUCUAAACGGCCCAGGUAUCAUUGGGCCAUCGUAAAUCAGACAUCACUCUCGCAGAGCAGGGGAUUCUGCUCUUUCCAGGAAUAAGACAACACAUUCCCUCUCAAAAAAGUGGAAUCAAAGCUGCACUUUUCUGGAGGACAUUGACAUUGGCUAUACAAGUCACCAUCUCCGGGUUACUAUGCAAUUACAACUGAUCUCCUUUGUUUUGAUCUUGACCUGCAUGGAAUACACUGAUUGUCAGCAGCAACCCUCCAGGCAUCGGCAAAAUAAACCUAACCCUGAAGUGAAGGAGGGAAAAAAGGCCAACAACUCACCCACGGCACGAUAUGCAAGACAACUAGGAGAGAUCCCAGGGGUGAGCUCAGGGUGCCAGGGAGGCUGUCUGACCUGCUCUGAUUACAAUGGCUGUCUGUCCUGUAAGCCCCGCCUCUUUAUCUUCCUGGAGAGAAAUGGGAUGAGGCAGAUCGGAGUGUGUUUGCCCUCCUGCCCCAGCGGUUUCUACGGCACCCGCUCGCCAGACAGAAACACAUGCACAAAGUGCAGGCCGGAGUGUGAUUCUUGCUUCAAUAAGAACCUUUGCAUGCGGUGCCGAGCGGGGUACUAUCUCCACCUGGGCAAGUGUCAGGAGAGCUGCCCAGAGAGCCUGGUCUGCAGCGACACACAAAGGGAAUGUGUUCCCAAGUGUCCUGCGGACUGUGAUGCCUGUCUGAUCAAUGACACAUGUACGAGGUGCAGACCAGGCCUGUACCUGCUGCUGGGGAAGUGUCACCACGUCUGUCCAGACGAGUUUGAACCAAACGACAAACUCAUGGAGUGUUCCCUUCAAGUGCACUGCGAGGUGGGUGAGUGGGGCGAGUGGAGCCCCUGCUCCCGGUCAGGGAAAACCUGUGGAUUUAAAUGGGGUGAAGAGACGAGGACCCGGGAAGUUGUCCAGUUCCCUUCCGCCUACGGAAAACCCUGUCCCCCCAUCUGGGAAAAGAAAGAGUGUGUCCUCAAGAGGAGGCGAUGUCCAGGGCAAGGCAAGGGGAGGAAGGGUGAGCGGCGGGGCGAAAGGAGAAAUCGGGACAACCGCCGGGACAAGGACAGCCAGGGGGAAGGCCGGCGGGAGAGGAAGAAGGACAGAGAGAGGGAGAGGGGGGAGACAGGUGACCGGGAGGACUCUGAGAACAGGAACAAGACAGAGCAAAGACGCCGGAGAGGCCAAAACAGAGACCUUGUUGUCUCACCUGAGGGAGGAGGUCCUGAACAGUAACAGAGCCUGGAGGAGCCCUCUCACUCCACCCCUUCUUUGUCACCCUCGCCCCCUCAACUCCUUGCUGAAGGGGUGCUGCUGCUACCUGUAUUAUUUAAAUAUAUACUGUAUAUGCACAAGAGAGAUGGGGUCACUCGAUCGGGCCACUACAGACUCUAAGGACUUCUCCCCUACAUACCUACCUACCUACCUACCUGCCCCCCUCCACCACACACCAUUGAGAGGCCGCCUCCCCCAUCCUGUCCUGUCCUCUAGUUUCACCAGACCAGAGAGACCCAAGACUGCUGUUGAUUGGAUGGGAAUGUACAAAACUGCUCUUGUGAUUGGAUGGGACUGUACAGAGAGGAGUGAGACAUUAAAAUGUGACAGUAUGGGGAUGAUGUGUUUGUCAUUGGGAGUCGGGACAAUGUAAAUGCUUGUUGAAUCGGUUAUUUAAAAGGGUCCCGCCCAGUUAGAAACAAACGUUGCGUCUUGGUUUGAAUGUAGGUUUAAUUUGUGACAUUAUGUAGAAUUGUUGUUGUUGUUUAAAUGUCUUUAUGUUUUUGUUUGUUGUUUUUUGCUGAGUAAAUUAUCAUGGGAUAUCAGUAACAGAAAGACAGACAGUCAGAUGUGGUAACUGCAUCCAGAUGUAUAGUAAACAUAUGAGACAAACCGACUGAAUUGAUUUUGUGACAGAAUGAGGACGGACCCCAGUGUUUUCCUCCCAACUUCUUAUUGAUCAUGUUUGUUCAGAAGUGUCCUGGACAAAGUGCUAGUUUGCCUAUCUGUGUAAGCAGGAUCUGUGCUUUCACUAAAGCCACCUGAGCAGAAAUCAAAAGCAUCUGUAUGUCAAAUAAACUAUAAUGGGUUUGUA